GCCCCCCCACUGCUGUGGCCACGCCCCUCAAAGACCCCGCCUCCAUGCCCCGCCCGUCCCGCCCCCUCCCUGCCGCGCGGUGGGAGACCCGGGGGCCUCCGCAGCAACCCAGUCCCGCCAUGAGCCUGAGCAUUGCCUCGCUCCUACCUCUGCUGUUUCUGCUGGGACCACGGCUCCAGGCUGCGGGUGUCACAGAGCCAACGCUGCCCACUGUGGUCCUUGCUAUCCUGGCCCGCAAUGCCGAGCACUCUCUGCCCCACUACCUGGGCGCACUGGAGCGCCUGGACUACCCCCGGGCCAGGCUGGCCCUCUGGUGUGCCACAGAUCACAACGUGGACAACACCACAGCGAUGCUGCGGGAGUGGUUGGCUGCUGUGGGCGGCGACUACGCGGCUAUCGUCUGGAAGCCUGAGGAGGAGGCCAGGUCCUACCCAGAUGAACAGAGCCCCAAGCACUGGACCAGAGAAAGACAUCAGUUUGUGAUGGAGCUGAAGCAGGAAGCCCUGACCUUUGCCAGGGCCUGGGGAGCUGACUACAUCCUGUUCGCAGACACAGACAACAUUCUCACCAACAACCAGACUCUGCGGCUUCUCACAGCACGGCAGUUGCCGGUGGUGGCCCCAAUGCUGGACUCCCAGACCUAUUACUCCAACUUCUGGUGCGGGAUCACACCCCAGGGCUACUAUCGCCGCACAGCUGAAUACUUCCCUACCAAGAACCGCCAGCGCCAGGGCUGCUUCCGGGUCCCUAUGGUCCACUCUACCUUCCUGGUGUCCUUGAAGACUGAAGAAACAGCCCAGCUGGCCUUCUACCCACCUCAUCCCAACUACACUUGGCCUUUUGACGACAUCAUUGUCUUUGCCUAUGCCUGCCAGGCUGCUGGGGUCUCAGUGCACGUGUGCAAUGACCAUCGCUACGGGUACAUGAACGUGGCAGUGAAGCCCCACGAGGGGCUGGAGGAAGAGAAGACCAACUUCAUCCAUCUGAUUCUGGAAGCACUGGUGGAUGGACCCCCUAUGCUGGCCUCAGCUCAUGUGUCUCAGCCCCCAAAGAAGCCCAACAAGAUGGGAUUUGAUGAAGUCUUUGUCAUCAGCCUGGCCCGCAGACCCCAGCGCCGGGCUCGGAUGCUGACCUCUCUCUGGGAGAUGGAGAUCUCUGCUCAGGUAGUAGAUGCUGUGGAUGGCAGGACACUCAACAGCAGCAUCCUUAAGCACCUGGGUGUGGACCUGCUCCCUGGCUACCAGGACCCUUACUCGGGCCGCACACUGACCAAGGGUGAGGUGGGCUGCUUCCUCAGCCACUACUCCAUCUGGGAAGAGGUGGUUGUAAGGGGCCUGGCCAGGGUUGUGGUGUUUGAGGAUGACGUCCGCUUUGAGGACAACUUCCGGAGGCGGCUGGAACAGCUGAUGGAGGACGUGGUGACCCAGAAGCUUUCGUGGGACCUGAUCUACCUUGGCCGGAAGCAGGUGAACCCUGAGGAGGAGGUGGCCGUGGAGGGUAUGCCAGGUCUGGUGGUGGCUGGGUACUCCUACUGGACAUUAGCGUACACCUUGAGCCUGUCAGGCGCUCGCAAACUGUUAGCCUCCCGGCCUCUGCAACGCAUGCUGCCUGUGGAUGAGUUCCUGCCCAUCAUGUUUGAUCAACACCCAAAUGACCAGUACAAGGCAUACUUCUGGCCUCGGGACCUCCAAGCCUUCUCAGCCCGGCCUCUGCUUGCCUCCCCCACCCACUAUGCGGGAGAUGCUGAGUGGCUCAGUGACACAGAGACAUCUUCCCCCUGGGAUGAUGACAGUGGCCACCUCAUUAGCUGGACUGGCUCUCAGAAGACUCUCCGCAGCUCCCACCUGCACCUGGCUGGCAGCAGUGGAUAUAGCCUCCAUCCUCACCCCAGGGAUGAGCUCUAGCCUCUAGUCGACAAGGUCCGAGUUGGAACUCCAAAGGAGCAACAAGAACAGAGAGGAGUCUCAGCAGAAGCCUGACUGUUCUCUUGGGCUCCACCAUCUUCCACUUCUGGAGCCUCCCAGGUUGGGAAAGCUACUCUGAGAUAGUCCAUCCCCUGAAUGUCAGAACGAGAAGACAAGACUCAGACUCUUGAUUCCACACACAGAUUUGGAGCCCAGUGGGCUCAGGAACAGGGAGGCCCCAGCCUUCGGGUUUCAAGCUGGCCAGACCCUAGAAUCCUGACUCCUGCCCUCUCUGAGGACUCAGCUGCUGGAGCUACCUUGCCUCCAUCUACCUCCACCUCAGCCCCGUCCCUGGCUUCACAUCUGGGGCUCACGAGCACCCUUCUCCCUGGCUGGCAGAAAGUGCGGGAAGGCGGGAGGCACACCUGGUGCCUGGCACACAGUAGGCCUUCAAUAAAAGUCCUCUGCAUUGGCACUUUAUACUUCACUAACAGCUGUGAGCCUCUCUGCAUCUCACCAGGCCCAGGCAGGAGAUCCCUGAGUUAGAGACAGAGAGUGAGGGCAGAGGAAGAGUGCUAAAGUUGGCAGGUGCUUGCUUCCUGGCUGGGCAUCCAUGUCACCUUUGGUAGGUGGAGGUAUAGCUUCUGAGCAGAAUGGGCACUCACGGCACCCUCAGCCUUUGCUCAUCAGCUUGGGCCCGGUCAAGGUCCAGCCAGAGGUUACCCCCACUCCUGCCUUUUGGAUUUCUGCUCUGUGACUGCAAUCCUUGUGUCCAUAAGGAGCCCAGUACUGUGCUGGGGAGAUCCCGGUUCUCUUCGGGACCUAAGGAAUAGACCCACCAGAAGGCACCAGCUGGCAGGGUGCUUGCCUUGUGGGCCAGGUUCUUUCCUUCUUCUGAACCCACAAUGGAGAAGGGAGGAUGGGGAAUUUAGAGUCAAUCCAGCCGAGGCAGCAGAGAUGUUAUAGGCUACUCCACAUGCUGCACCCUUCUGCUUGGGAAGUGGGGUACUCCCCUUCCACUAGUCACAAAGGAACAGGUCUCCGGGCGAACCAGCCUUCAGGCGCUUGUCCUUAGCUGACUGUAAGAUCGAGGGGAAGGAGACUCCUUGUCUUGAUCAUGGCUGCCUUAGCUCCUACCAACACAAACGGUUCUCUCCUUCAGAGGCGUCCUUUUCCCACCUGUCUUCCAUGUUCCUUUGGACGUGAGUUAUAUGAGUGCCCUGUCGUGGCAGAGUCCACUGGUACCCCCUGAGGUUGGGCUCUCAGCGGGUUCUGUCCUUGGGUGAGGACCUGCCUUGGCUCCGAGGACUCUCAGAGCUGAGGGUGAGAUGCUCUUUUGAGGGUGAAAACCGUUACCUCUGGGUGGCUGUGAUCAGGAGCAAGUAACAUUUCAUUCAUUCUGCGGAAUUUGAUGAACUCGGGGACUGAGAUGGGACACUAAGGAUUCGGCAGUAAAUGGGACAGACAGGAAGGAGUUGGCAGGUGCCUGGCUGUGGAGCCCUGUCCAGUGCUGAAGACAAAAAAAAAAAAAAAAAAAAAAAAAAAAAAAACAACUACAAACCACUGAAAGCCCGACAGCGGGGCUUGGGAAAUGCCUCAGCAGUCAAGAGCACGGGCUGCUCAUCCAGAGGACCUAGGUUCAUUUCCCAGCCCCACUUGGCAGCUCACUACUGUCUGUAACUCCACUUCCAGGAGAUCCAACUCCUUUCUCUGGCCUUCUUGUACCUGCACUAGUAUG